AUGGCACAAAAGCCGGCUGCAGUAAUUGUGCCAAAGAAAAAUAAAACGAGUACGACUACAUCAUAUACAUACACAUAUACAAAUACAAAUACACCCAUCAUAACUUCAACACCAUCCGAUAUAUAUGUCAACAGUACCAACAACAGCGAUGAAGAUAAAGGAGAUGAAGAACUAAAACCCAAGCCACAUCAAUUACGACGACCAUCCAACGCUUCAGCAGUAGCACUGCCCUCAUCGCCUCUCGUCAACCCUAUCAGCGCUGUCAAAACGUUCUUGUCAUCAUCAGCACCAUCUGCAGCAGUAGCAUCAUUGGGAACAGCAGCGCUGUCAACAAGCGGUGUUUACACUACUAGCAGCAGUAGCAACCGAGAAGACGAUUUCAUAUUGAUGGCCAGCGGCGCUGUUGAUCCAGCCUGCCUUGCACCUGUCCAGCCUUCUCUAUCGGAUACAGUAACCAGUACAAAUAGACCAUCAAUACCACAAGCACCACUACAUAUCAUUUAUAAAUCGCUGCAGCAAAAACUAGAGAAUCUGGAACGGCACAACCUGCAUUCGGCUGAAGUCAAGCAAGCCUUGAACCGAGUCCGACAUAUCCACAUGACCGCUCAUACCCUCACGACGCUGUUGCCCUUCGCACCUGUACUGGUUGCGUACCAACUGACGCUGAUCGACUCUGCCAUUUUCCGCAACAUACAGCCGUCCGCACUUUUAAAUCACCAUGCACCCAAGUCGCCCCAUCCAGCCAUCACCGCCUCAACUGACUUUUUCAACUAUCUGACACGCGUUAUUGAGCAUGCUGUGCUCACGCCGUCGGAAGCCUCGGGCCGAGCUGAGCAGAUCAACUUUUGGAUUAAAGUAGCUAUCAAGUGCCACGAUCUGAAAAAUUUUCAAACGCUUAAAGCUAUUAUUUCUGCUUUGGGCACCCCGCCCAUUCAGCGCCUGAAACGGUCUUGGGCCUAUGUCCCCAAGAAAUCCAUGGCCCGCUUAGACGUCGUCAACGAAAUCAUGACUGAGCACAACAACUAUGAACGGUAUCGCGAUCGAAUGGCUCGUGUAGUCCAACAAACUUUCCGUGAGCCCGUCGUACCAUUUCUGGGCGUGUUCAUGCACGAUGUGACCUAUCUCACAAGUAGCAGUGCAGCAUGCAAUGUCGCAAAGUUGGACGAUCUGCUGACAUUAUUUACCAAGCUGCACAAGCACCCGCCUUACUCUUCUGCACUACCGCCCUUUUGCGUCAAAGAUUUAAACAAGAAACAACGAAAGCCGUUUGCAAAUGAAAGUUUGGAAGUUCAGCAAUGUCUUGUCACCCAAUAUCUGUUGACCAGAUCUUGGGUCAGUGAAAAAACAGUUGACGAACUAAGCUUGCUCCGUGAGCCGCCCAAAGUCAUGCGUAGCUGUUCAGCAACAGACCACGCAAUUACCUAUGAUGGCAACCUUUGGAGCAGUUCAGGGAGCUUUUUAUCAUUUGUCGGAGGUAGCAGCAGUGGCAACAAUAAUAGCGGAGGAAGCAUAAUCGGUGGUGGCAGUACCAGCAGUGCAUCGUCGAGUCGGCCGGUCAGCCUGGAAUCGGAUGAAGACGACAACGAUUCCGAUGUAGAUAAACAAAACAACAAAUUUUGGGUUUUCGGGCGCAAGAGUGUAGAUCAUCAGCAUUCGCACCAUCAGUCCAAGAAACCCGUCUUUGAUAGCAACAGCAACAACGUACCGAUGCUACCUUCUGCCACAAAUCAUCUCCGCCGUGAUCGACUAUCUCGUCAUUUUUCGUUUGAAGAUCUGAACACCCGCAAACAUCAGCAGCAACAACAACAGCAACAGCAACAGCCUACAAGUUUAUCCAUCUUCCGUAAAGACUUUAACUUUUGGCGUAAAGAACAGCAGGAUGCCAUUGAACCAUCAUCACCACAGCAUCCGUUGGAUUAUAAUCCAGUGUACAAACGCAACAGUGUCACUUUGCUCGAACGGCCUAUUACAGGCUGA